AUUUGUUAUUGUUAUUAUUUGUUCCCAAGUUUCCUUUCCUUUCAUAGAUAAUAGAUUUAAGAGGGUGGGGCUUCCGGCUUCCUUUGUUUUGCUUUGUUUGCAUAAUGUGCCUGUGCCAUAAUCAUAAUAUACAGUUAAUGCAAUAAUAAAUUAUAUUGGUGUCUAUUAUUUGCGUUACUCAUCUAUGGUUACAUCUUCGCUAAUCAUAAAUAUCAACAGCAUAGAGGACUGAUUGAUUAAACACAUCGCAGAUCAUGACUGUAACUGGAGCAGAGGCUGCAUCCUUGGUAUCAGCAAUUAGACAUAGAAGGUUUUUAACUGAUGAAAUAGAAUCAGCUUUCGCAAAUGAAAUUAAAAUUGAAUAUCGUGGAAAUUACUGGUCUGUCCUGAAUUGUGCUGCGUAUUAUAAUAGAUUUUCUAUUCUCCGCUUAUUACUAAAAAACGAGAAAUUAAUAAACCAGAGGGACCUGGACACUUCCUUACAUAUAGCUGCAGAGCAAGAUCAUAGUGGUGUUGUAGAAUUAUUAUUAAAACAUGAAGCAAAUAUUGAAUAUGAGAAUAAUGAUGGAGAGACGCCAUUACUAAGUGCAGUUAAAUAUGAAAAUGAAGAUAUUGUCGAGAUUUUAAUAGAAGAGGGAGCAUAUGUAAAUGCACGGGAUAAUUUUGACAGAACUUCUCUUCAUAUAGCUUGUGAAGAAGGCUUCUUGCGUAUUGUGAAAUUGUUAUUACAUGCAGGUGCAGCUAUUAAUUGGAGAAAUGCAUCAGGUUGCACUCCUUUGUUUUGUGCUGCUGAUUUAAGUCGGGUGAAUGUUGUGAAAUUAUUAAUACAACGAGGGGCAGACGUCAAAAUCCCCGAUAACUCUAGAAACACAGUGUUACAUGUUUGUGUUAAACGUCGCAAUAAAGUCCUUAUAGAAUUAUCACUUCAAAAUGGAGCUGAUGUGAAUGGUAGAAAUGUAAAUGGAAUUGAUAUCUUCCAUUUAGCACAUGUUGAUUACGAAAUGUCUGAUUUUGCAAAGUUUUUAGUCAGACUUAUUUUGUGCUUAAAUAUCAACACACCUAAACCCGAGCAUCACAACAGCGGAGGCUUCUUGGGAUUCUGGGAUGCAUGCAAAUCAGAAUUAGAGCUAAUGGAGACUUGUAAAAUAGCUGAGAGCAAUAUAUCUUACAAGCAAUUAUUCCUUGAAAGUGAUAAAAGUAAAUUAGCAGUUUAUCUCAGCAAUGCGGACAUUGUUAGUGAACUAGACGCACUAGUUUAUAAAAAGAAAUUUCCUAUAUACGAACAGUACUUUACUGAAAACAUAAUGAAAGGAAAGUCUAGACUCCGCUUGCAUUAUGAAGCUGAUGAAGUUAUGAAUUAUAUCAGUCCGUUGUUGCCGAUAGUAGUUCGGAGAAAAAUAUAUGACUAUUUAUCUGAUGUUGAUUUCAACAAUUUAAUUAAUGCGAAACAGCACAAGUGUGACAAAUCUCAGAUAAUGUAUGUAACUGGAGCAGAUGCUGCAUCCUUGAUAUCAGAAAUUAGACAUAGAAGGUUUAUAAGUGAUGAAAUAGAAUCAGCUUUCGCAAAUGAAAUUAAAAUUGAAUAUCGUAGAAAUUACUGGUCCGUCCUGAAUUGUGCUGCGUAUUAUGGUAACGUUUCUAUUCUCCGCAUAUUACUAAAAAACGAGAAAUUAAUAAAGCAGACAGAUUUGGACACUUCCUUAUGUAUAGCUGCAGAGAAAGAUCAUUGUACUGUUGUAGAAGUAUUAUUAAAACAUGAAGCAAAUAUUGAAUCUGAGAAUUCUAUUGGAGACACGACAUUGCUAAUUGCAGUUAAAUGUGGAAAUGAGAAUAUUGUCAAAAUUUUAAUAGACGAGAAAGCAAAUGUAAAUGCAGAGGAUUUGUGUGGCAAUACUUCUCUUCAUGUGGCUUGUGAAAAAGGCUUCUUGGGUAUUAUCAAACUGUUAUUACAUGCAGGUGCAGCUAUUAAUUUGCAAAAUGUAAGAGGCCGUACUCCUUUGUUUUGUGCUGCUGAUUUUAAUCGGGUGCAUGUUGUGAAAUUAUUAUUACAUCGAGGGGCAGAUGUCAAAAUUCGCGAUCCCUUCGGAAGCACAGUGUUGCAUAUUUGUUUUCAACGUCGCAAUAAGGUCCUUACAAAAUUAUUACUUCAAAAUGGAGCUGAUGUGAAGAGUUGUACAAAUUAUGAUGAAAAUGAUAUUUUAGAUUUAGCAUAUUUUGAUUUCACUGAUUUCUCAAAGUUUUUAAUCAGUCUUAUUUUGUACUUAAACGUCAACACACCUAUAUCCGAGCGUCAUAACAGUGGGGACUUUUCGAGAUUCUGGGAUGCAUGCAAAUCAGAACUAGAACUAAUGGAGACUUAUAAAAUAGCUGAGAGCAAUAUAUCAUACAGGCAAUUAUGCCUUGAAAGUAACAAAAGUAAAUUAGCAGCUUAUCUCAGCAAUGCGGACGUAGUUAGUGAACUAGACGCACUACUUUAUAAGGAAAAAUUUCCUAUAUACAAACGGUACUUUACUGAAAACAUAAUGAAAGGAAAGUCUAUACUGCGCUUGCAUUAUGAAGCUGAUGCAGUUAUGAAUCGUAUUAGUCCGUUGUUGCCGAUAGUAGUUCGGAGAAAAAUAUAUAAUUAUUUAUCUGAUGAUGAUUUAAAAAUUUUUAAUUAUUUCGAACCAGUACAAGUGUGACAAAUAAUUAUUGUACAUAUUGUCAAACUGGAAAUAAUUGAUCUAGCUUUAGGUAUAUGAUACUGAUCAGUAGUGAUGUAAAAUUCCCGGGAAUUAAUUCUCGAGGGAAUAUUCCCAAAAUUCAUAUCUUACCGGGAAUUUUUGGGAAUUUAUAAUUGACACCGAAAUUUAUUUAAAAAUAGUUAUGUGUUACAUUAAAUGGAAACUUAUUGUUGGAUUCAUAUUUUAAUAUGAUGAAAAUUAGGCAGAAAAUAAUUCAGCAACUUCUCAAGUUUAAAAAUACAAAUAAUAUAAUAUGUAAGUGAAAAGACUUAUACAGAAAAAAUAACAAUUACUGAUAUAAAAACGAAUAGUGACAUAACAAAUAUCAGAGUCUAUUCACUCCCGCUGUCAUUUACAUCUAUUUGAUAUCCACCGUCGUCGUCAUCAUCAUCAUCCUCUUCUUCUUUUUCUUCUUCACAAUCCUUGUCAUCCUCAUGGCUUUCAUCUUGCACAACCUCGUCGUCGACCUUCUCUUCGUCAGGUCCAUCCCUACCAUCGGUGGACGUCGUUCAGCUUAAAGAACCUUCCUUUGAAGUGCUGUUCAUUAGUUUCCAAUUGUAAGCAAGGUAGGUAAUCUUGGCUGCUCGCUCUGAUGAUAAACGAUUUCUCUUUUUAGAGUGCAUCCAGGAGAAGGUACUAAAUGUCCUUUCAGUGUCGGCAGAAGUGACAGGUGCACUCGGAAUCCUUAUUGCCACAUCGCCUAAAUCACAAGUACCUCGGAGUUCCCUCCAGCACAAAAGAGGCCAAGUUGCGUCCUCACCAACUCCCUCCCAAAUAAACUUUCUCGAGAAAAGCCGUCCCUAUAAUCGGCCAAACUUUCUCUUCUAACUUUCAUUACGUCAAGAUUCAUGUUUUGAGCACGUUCGCAAAUAAAGCCCAUGGCAUCUAACAGCUGCGUUGAAUCAAGUGAAGUGCCCUGCAUAUUUCGAUCUAGCAAAAUAGCUGCCAAGUGAAUAUCUCCAAUUCCAAAAUCUUUUCUCUCCUUGAAUUAGGCUGUGAUUUUUCCCCAGCCUUCUGCAGAGGUGAAGCGAUCAAGUUUAGGGCUAUAAUUUUUUCCAGAUCAUCCAACUUUCUCACAACUCUGUGAAUUUGUGGUUCAUUGGAUUCAAUCACAGUAAUGAGGUCUACAAUAGGUUCGAGCAAAUUUCUCAAUUCUAGUCCAAAAGAGUCAUCAAGUCCAUCAUCAACUCAGCUUUUUCACUAACAGCUAAUGUUUGUAGCACGACUUUAUUUGAUUGUAAACUCUGUAAGCAAAAAAGAUGACUUCCCCAAUGGGUCUUUCCUGGCAACUUCAAAAAAAUUCGGUCCUUAAAUCUUCUUCGGAUGCAAUUUCAUCGAAUAUUGCUUGUAAAAUGUUACUAUGUUUGAUUGUUUAACAUUUAAGGCAAAUUGAUAAUGACUCAAAACUUGCUUUAAAAACAGACCUAAUAACCAUUGACAAGGCUGUAGUACCUUCCUAUGUAAUUAUUUUGAGAUGAAAAAGUACAAUGUUGUUGAAACAUAUCACACAUACAUCCUAAAAAAGAGCUAGAGCUAAAAAUAAGCAGGAUUUUUAGUAAAUUCCCACUUUUUGUGAAGAUGUAAUGACCGAGGGAAUAUUCCCAUUUUUUAAAUUCCUUCCCACUGGGAAUAUUCCCACAUCACUACUGAUCAGCAAAUCUAAUUUUUUAUGUUGAAAAAUAAAAUACUUGAAUAAUCA